UCCACUAAGCAACCUCAGCUUAGCUCGAUCGCCACCAAGAAAGCUCUCAUGGAGAAGCAGCCGGCCGGCGACGACGUCAACCUGGACCUGCGCCUCAUCCACCACCCGGCGGCGGCGGCGGCGUCCCGCGGCGCGGGCAGGCACCGCGACCUGCCUCCGGCGGCCGCCGCCAACGAACCCGACCGCACCUUCUCGUGCACCUACUGCCGGCGCAAGUUCUUCAGCUCGCAGGCGCUGGGCGGCCACCAGAACGCGCACAAGCUGGAGCGCAGCCUCGCCAAGCGCAGCCGCGAGCUCUCCGGCGCCGUCGCGCCCGGCGCGGCCGCGGCCAUCUCCUCUUCCUCCGCGGGCGCGGCGGCCUCCGAGCUCGGCAGCUGGUACCCGGCGUCGCACGCCCGGGGCGCGGGGGACCAGGCAGCCGCCGCCGCGGCCGGCGACGCCGACGACAUCGACCUCUCGCUCAAGCUGUGAGCUAGCUAAUCAACGACGACGUACGAGACGGCGCACGCACGCGUUCAGGCAUCGCAUCCAACUCGCAAGCUUGCUUUGAUUUUGUCUACUGCUUUAGGUUCAGCUUGCUGGUUGCUUAAGUAUCCGAUUAAUAAUCAGUACUACCAGUACAGUAACAUAGGUUGAUUAAUUGCAUCAUCAGCUCAUGCCAUGAUCGUAAACUGCUGGAUCAGAUCUAUUCUGCACGCAUCAUCGAUCGAUCGAUUGAUCGACGAGAGACGUGCACACAGUUUCUGCUUGUGCAGGGCCGCUAAUUGCAUCAGCCAGCUAGCAUAUGCA